AUGAUUAUUAUUCCUUUCACACUUAGUUGGCCAAUAUCAUUAUAUUCUAAUGCAAAUGGUCGUCGGCAUCAUUACCGGGAUCUAUCAGAAUCGUCUAACAACAACGAUAAUAAACGAUCUUCUAUUCAUCCAUAUCAACAUCGGCAAGCACUUGAUAAAAAUACCACUACGAAUCUACCGUCAGUACUAGCAAAGGAUGAUAGAAAAUUAUUGACAUUAGAACACAAAGAAAUAGCAGACCGUUUUACUAAUCUUUUCCAGAAUAUUUUACAACAGUUAGUAACACAUUUUCACGAACAAUUUCCAAACCUUUUAACAAGUUUUCUCGAUAAUUGUGUACGAAUAUCUAACAAAACAUUUGAGAACGAUCCUGAUGAUGAAAAGAUAUUAAAUGCCGCGUUUGAGAAUUGUACAAAAAUAAAUUCCAGUAUCAAUGGUAAUUGGACAAAUCAAUGUGUUACAUUUGCUAGAAAUGGUGAUAGAGAAUUAAGACGAGUAAAGACACAAACCUUUAAUGCUGAAACGAAUUAUACAAGUGUAUUUGUUUCCUACAGCAUUUAUAAAUGUACUCAAUCAAAUCUCACAGAUGAAAAUAGUAUAAUUGAUCAACAACAAGGAAGAAAUGUCAAAGUGACAAAUGAAUCGCAUAGUAGUGAAAAGGGCGUUAAUCGUAGUUUUCGUCGUAACGCUGAUAGACAAAAAGAAGGUAUAAUAAGUCAACAGAAGUCAAGUCAAAAUACAGCCCAUGUGCUACAGAAAAAAAAAGGCUAA